AUGGAUACGAGAGUGCAAGCUCCUGCCCCGAUGGAAGCGUAUUGGAAGGAACGAUUCGAUCCGAUUCUUGCUUUUCCUCAUGAUUUAAUCCGCGACACCUUAGCAGGGACGAUCAGCGUCGACCAAAUUGAGGACUUUCUGAAUAAGGGACAAUUGGUUUCGGAAAUCGAAAGUAGUCGUGGUACAACUACUUCGAUCGGCUCUGGAGGAAGCCAAAAAAGCAGCAAGAGAACCGCCUCCAAAC